AUGUCAAAGCAAACGGUGCCACUUAGUCAAGUUUUUGAUCAUGCAGUCAAUGAACUACAUGCCUCUCCUUGUAUUAAAGGAUAUGAAACUAUUGUUAGAAUUAUGACUAAUGUCCCACAGGCAUGUAUUCCUUUAAGAAUACAAAUCAUUAACAAAAUGAAAGCAUACCACAAUAAAUUUCUUCCAAGCUUAGAAAUGUAUUAUUGUUUGUGUUUCAUGGACUAUGCGGUUAAACGAAAUUCUAAUUUCAGAAAACAAAUGGUUCAUAUUGAGUUAGUCCAAUGGUUUGAAUGUAUCGCUGAAUUUGAUCGUUGUAAGAAGAAAAAACAAGUCAAAAUCGUUACUGAUAAAGCCAUGAGAAUUGUUCAGUCUUGGGGUAUUCUCUUCCCACAAGAAUUUAAGGUGUAUACAGAAAUGUAUAUGAAAUACAAAAAAAUAGGAGUGCAUUUCCACUUACCUGAACUUACAGAUUUAGAAUAUGUCCAUAAAGAUGGAAAUAUUUUAGAGAAUUAUGUUGAAAAAGUAUCAGAAUGUAUAUUAAUGAUUGAUGAUGCUAUGGUCAACUUAAAGGAAAAUGUUCAUCGACAAUCAGCUGAGGUAUUACUUAAACAUGCAAAUGAACUUAAAAUUCAAUUCAAAACACUCAUUUCUAAUCAUAAACAUUUAAUUUCUUCUGAAGAACAACAAGUUAGUCAAUUAGAUAGGCUAUAUGUCGAAUUAACUGAAAAAGUAACAUUACUUCAAGCUCUCUUAAAUGGAGAACAACCAAAAGAAGUUUUUAGAACAUACACUACUGGACAUGUUGAGAGUGAACAAGUUCCUUUGCUCUUAUCUUCUCCUAAAUUAACAGAAGAAAAAACUCAAAAGAAAGAUAAGAAAAGACCAGACUCUAUUGAUAAAGAAUCAGAACCUACACUUAUUUCCUUUACUUCAGAUGGCUUCUUUAGUAAAUUAAGAAGAAGAAAAUCUGCUACUAUCCAAGAGGAUCCUUACUGA